AUGCCACCUGCAAAACGAGCCAAGGCCGACCGAGUGGAGGUGCCCUACCAAAAACCAGUUCCGGAGGAGUUCUACUUGGUUCCUAUGGAAACAAUUGACAAGUACCAAAAGCUGCAGGCGGCAUUUCUGUCGCGUACAAUUGCUCCGCUGUGUCUGCUCUACGGGCCUCGUCAAUUUGGGAAGACAACGAUUGGGCAUCGGCUUCGAACGUUGCUAGCUGCAGUACCGUCCAUUCGAGCCAUCUACAUGUCGUUAACACCAUCAGAUGUCAAGACAGAGGAAGAUUUUUGGCUUGCACUGAGCAUAACUGUUGGCGAAGAAACGAGGUCGUCGAAAGAGUUCGAUAUCAUAUUCUCGCGUCACAAAAAAAGUCUGUGGCUGGCGAUCGAUGAAAUGGACAACAUGUUUCAGAACGAAGAGCUGACCAGCAACUUCAUGGAGACUCUCCGCGGGUGGCAACCAAGGAAGUACUUUUUGGGUUUUCUUGGACUCGGGAGUCACGAUCUGCUGAAUAUGCACAUGAAGCUGAAAGGAGGAAGUUCUGCCAGCCCUUUCAAUCUGGGCGAAGUUUUUCAGGCCAAACCGUUUUCCAAGAAGCAAAUGAAAGGUUACUUCAAGCAGAUCCAGGCAAGGUAUCCGUUUCGAAAGUCAACCCGCCAGGCAAUCAUGGCGUAUUAA